CCUUCUCCGGGUACUUUCGCAAUGUUGCCAGAGUCGUCCUCGAGUCUAUGGACAUACUACCCCAGGUUCCCCAGCUUUUGGGUCCCAGUGGCCGGCUCCAUCAUUUUUGGCCUUGCGACCAGCGCCCAUGGAUACCUUCUGUUUCUACACCAAGCCUGGUUCUUCGUGCCAAUGUGUAUCGGUUCCAGCAUGGAGCUGAUAGGUUUUAUUGCCCGGGCUAACGCAGCCACGGAUCUGUUCAACAGGGAGGUAUUCCUUCUGCAACAUUACACGCUCUACUUCGGGCCGUCCUUCGUCGCUGCGGCCUGCUAUGGAGUCUUUGGUCUAAUCGUAUCGAGAGUAACCCCCGCGCCUGAACGAACUUUGCGUACUCUGUGGUGCCCACCCCGACACACCAAGCAUAUCCUCUUGGGAAUACAUAUAGUUGGAGCAUUCUUCAUAUUCCUCGGUGUAUCUUUUCUUGAAAAAGCCAUGGAUAAUGAUGAUCUAGUCCAAAGAGCCCAAGGGCGUAUCAUUCUUGGUGUCGGGCUCAUCUUUCAGCUCAUGUGUGCAGCACUGUUUGCGGUCAUUUGGGUGCGCUAUACGGUUUCCAGCCGACGAUGGACUGGGAGUUCCGAACAGCAGGCCCUUCGAGCGAGAGAGGAUCGGCUUAGUAUAGCCGUUAUGGUGGCUUCCACGCUUAUCUUGUUCCGUAAUGUCUAUCGUCUUGCUGAGUGCUUCUCUGGGGAGGAAGAUUAUCUCCGGAAGUACGAGUGGCCAUUAUGGGUAUUUGAUGGGCUUUUUGUGUUUGUCGCUAUCGUGGUUCUGGCCAUUGUUUAUCCCGCUCGCUUUCUACCUUUACAAAAAAAUGACUGGGAAUCAAAGGAUUCCAUCGAGUGAUAUACGAAUCUGCAUAUGAAGCAUCGAUUCCCUAGCUUUGCGUAGUCUUGUGGGUUGACUGAUAUUGGGCGAUGUCUGGUGAAUGAAUACUUGGAAGGGGUAUAUUAUAGAGUCUUCGCAUAUGCCACUUGAAUAGUAU